GGCGGCGGAGGUGUGUCGGUGCCCCCCCUCCCUUCACCCCCCGUCUCCGUGUGUGUGUGUGUGUGUGGAGGAGGAGGAGGAAGCAGAGAGAGAGAGAGAGAGAGAGAGAAGUUUCCACCGCUCUUGACGCACAGCCACCGACCGCUCGCUUCCCACACGAUGGCAGACCUGUGUCCUCCGCUGCGUCCGGAAGCCCGCUGCCGUUGAGGAGAACCGAGCCGAGCCCAGAGGUGUCACCAAUGGCUGAAUUCGGAGCGAGCCCGGGCGCCGGCGGUCCACCGGUUGCUGGCUGCCGGAAAGCCGCGUCGGGGGCGGCCGGGGCGAGCCCGGAGACGCGCCGUGGAGAGCCGGUGUCCAACGGAAACUGCAGCGCGCCGGACGCGGUGAAGAGGCUCCAGAAGCAGCCCAGCUGCGAGUCCCCGGCGGGGGAGAGCGCGCCAUCGGACUCGGCGUCCAAAGGGAUCCCUCGACGCAGCAGUCUGAUCAAGGAUGGGUCACGUGCAGGUCGGGACAGGAAGAAGACGGUGUCCUUCAGCUGCAGCCUGUCAGAGAAGAAGAUCAGUAGCGCCGCCGACUGUAUCCACUCCAUGGUUGAGGGGAGUGAGCUGAAGAAAAUCCGACCCAACUCACGUGUUUACCAGCGCUACUACAUGUUGGACACAGGCCUCCAGGCGUUGUGCUGGGAGCCAUCCAAGAAGGAGUCGGACAAAGCCCGGAUCUCUCUUGCCUCCAUGCGAGAGGUGCGGACAGGUCGUAACACAGAAACCUUCCGCACCAGUGGAGUUUAUGAGCAGAUUUCGGAGGACUGCGCAUUCUCCAUAAUCUAUGGGGAUGUAUAUGAAAACUUGGACCUGGUGGCCAACUCUGCCGAAGUGGCUAACAUUUGGGUGACUGGACUAAGGUAUCUGAUGCAGUACGGGAAACACGCCCUGGACAUGCUCGCCAGCAGUCAGGACAGUCUUCGCCUUUGCUGGCUCGAGCAGUUGUUUUCCUCUGCUGCUGAUUCGGACGGACAGGAAGGUGUUGAGGAAGGGAUUCGCUUGCAGUCGGCCGUUAGGUUGAUACAGGGCGUGAACCCUGGGGUGGGCCGCGGCAAAGUGGAGCGCAGGUUUAAAGAGCUUCAAAGAGUCAGGGAGAGGAUGUGUGGUCUCACGAUAGAUAACGGAUCGGGAGUUAAAGAUCACAUUGAAACCAAAGGGCCACUGGGAACAAAUGAGCGAGUCACCAAGCAGGAGUUCUUCGAGGUCUUCCAUGACUUUUGCACACGCCCGGAGAUCUACUUUCUGUUGGUGCAGUUCUCUAGCAACAAGGAGUUCCUGGACACCAAAGACCUGAUGCGGUUCCUUGAGGCGGAGCAAGGCAUGACUCAUGUGAGUGAGGAUACCAGUCUGAAGCUCAUCCAGUCCCACGAGCCAUCAGAGGAGGGCCAGCAGCAGGGAUACCUGUCUUUGGACGGCUUCACCAGCUACCUCACUUCGGCAGAGUGCCACCUUUUUGACGAGGAGCACAACGCCGUGUGUCAGGACAUGUCCCAGCCCCUGUCCCACUAUUACAUCAACUCCUCCCACAACACCUACCUCAUAGAGGACCAGUUUAAAGGUCCCUCCGACAUCUCUGGAUACAUCCGCGCCCUCAAAAUGGGCUGUCGGUGUGUGGAAGUGGACGUUUGGGACGGCCCUGAUGAGGAGCCAGUGGUGUGUACAGGUCACACCCUUUCCCCACCGCUGGCCCUGCGAUGUGUGUUAGAAGCGAUCGGAAGGUUUGCAUUUGUGGCGUCGGAGUAUCCCUUGAUUAUAUGUAUUGAGAACCACUGUUCACCUGGACAGCAGAAAAAGUUGUGGCAACAUCUCACGGGUGUACUAGGGGAGAAGUUAUAUGCAAAUCCCCCCGAUGAAGGGGACCCCUACCUUCCAUCGCCGCAUGCCUUAAGGCACCGAAUCCUACUCAAGGCUAAGAAAUUGGGACCAAGUCCUGAUGGGGGGGACGGGGAGGUGAGUGAGGAGGAUGAAGGGGCAGAGAUGUGUCAAAGGGUGAAGGCAGCUAAUAGCGGAGGGGCACCGCCUGGGGGAAGUGAGAAGGAUAUGUUGCGGAAAGGCGUCACUCAGUCUAAUCCUCCUCAUCCUCCUUCCAAAUUACAACUCUUGAAGGACCUGUCUGACCUGGUUACUCUCUGCUGCUCGGUGGGCUUCAUUGACUUUCCAACAUCAUCCAAAAGCCAAAAACCUUGGGAACUGUGCUCCUUUCACGAAUCUCUGGCCGUGCGUCUUGCCGGCGAGAGCCCCGGCGACUUUGUCAAUCACAACAAGCAUUUCUUGUCACGCGUGUACCCCAGCCCCAUGCGCAUUGACUCGAGCAACAUGAACCCGCAGGACCUGUGGAAGUGCGGGUGCCAAAUUGUGUCCAUGAAUUUCCAGACCGCGGGACUGAUGAUGGAGCUGAACACGGCGUGGUUCCGGCAGAACGGGAACUGUGGUUAUGUUCUGCGGCCGGCCAUCAUGCGGCAGGAGGUGUCUUAUUUCAGCGCCGACACCAGAGACACAGUGCCUGGUGUGUCUCCACAACUGCUUCACGUGAAGGUGAUAAGUGGCCAGAACCUGCCCAAGCCAAGGGGUUCUGGGGCCAAAGGGGAUGUGGUGGACCCAUACGUAUAUGUGGAGAUCCACGGCAUCCCAGCUGACUGCACAGAGCGCCGCACCAGGACAGUGACCCAGAACGGCGACAACCCCAUCUUCGACGAGAGCUUUGAGUUCCAGAUCAAUCUGCCAGAGCUCGCCAUGGUUCGCUUCAUGGUGCUGGACGAUGACUACAUAGGGGAUGAGUUCAUAGGUCAGUACACCAUCUCUUUAGAGUGUCUUCAGCCAGGCUACCGACAUGUACCGCUGCAGACUCUGACGGGAGAGGAACUUGCCCACGCCAAGCUGUUCGUCCAUGUGGCACUCACCAAUCGCAGAGGAGGGGGAAAGCCUCACAAGCGGGGCCUGUCUGUGCGGAAGGCCCGGAAGGGCAGGGACUACACAGCCCUGAGGGACCUGGGAGUCCGGGCUGUGGACGAGGUUUUCAGGACGGUCGCGCCGCUGCUGAGGGAAGCAACUGACCUGAGGGAAAACAUGCAGAACUCAGUGGCAGUGUUCAGGGAGCUGUGCGGGGUGUCCGCUGUGGCGAACCUCAUGCAGUGUGUACUGGCCCUGAGCUCCAGAGUUUCAGGACCAGAUGGGACACCUCUGCUCCUGUUUGACCUCCGGGACCAGUACCCCACCCUGGAGCCCCAGGGGCCUCUGCCCGAUGUCCUUCGCAGGGUGGUCUCCACCUAUGAAAUGAUGGUCCAGGCAAGCAGAGAAGUGAUCGAGCUCUCCGACGGAAUCUACGAGAGGAUCCUGCAUGUACAGACGAUGGCGAUGGAGUUUCACGAGAAGCUGCCGAGCCUGGCCGCGAAGGACGGCCUGAAAGGUCGCAAGGUCAGCCGAGCGCUGGAGAGCUUCAGCUGGAACAUCACCAUCCUCAAGGGCCAGGCCGACCUACUGAAGCGGGCCAAGGCCGAAGUCCAGGAGAACAUGAAGCAGGUCCACGAUGCCGCCUUGACUGGAAACCUCCCCAAGGGGAGUGUGGGAGUGACACGAGUCCGCUCCCAAACGCUUAGGGGCCAGGAUGACAAACCCGCCACGAGUGCCGGAGGACCCUCGGCAUAGUGAGGGGGGACGAGGCCACGUCCCCGCUGUAGCUGCUGUAACAAACCCUCCCUGUGUCAUCAAUUUGUUCCAUGGCAUCAGUCUGCCACAGUGGGCGACUUUCACAAUGUUGCUGGAGUACAAUAGCGAGUACCCUGUUUUGAAGAAAAGAGAACAGAAGAGUUGAUGAAUGUAAAGGUCUGUCUGUCUACCCACCUGUCGCUGAACACUUGAGAGCUGAGAGGCGUCUGUGAGGAGACAGGAGACGAAUGGGGAGCAGAAUGUAGCUCGACUUGAAGCCAAGUCUCGGCGGCUUUUACUGUAUUAAACUGUAAAUACACUUCUAAUGUGCAAUGUUUCUGAGGUUUGAGGAGACUCCUGCCAGCUCCAAAUGUUGGCAGCUUUUACUUCACUAAGCUGCCACAGAACCUAGCAAUAUGAAGUAAGGACGGUCUUUUGACAUCAUACCGCUCAGAGCAGUGCAGCCCCCCCCCCCCCCCCCCCCCCCCCUCCCCCCACAUGUCUCUCAUGCAGUCACCUUUUUGUCUUACCACAAAAUAUUCCACUUCACCCUCUAAAUAUUGUCUUACAUACAGUAUUAUAUAUUUUUGUAAUUUCCUGUGGUAAUAAAAAAACAACAAACUGCCAUAAUGACCAACUCCAUAACUCUAAAUGUUUGCCUCUAGGGAACAGAUACUGUUUUGUUGCAAGUGCAUAAGUUGUGUGAAAAAAACACUGUACAGUAUUUUAUUAUGUAAUAUUCUAUCAUUUUGCUGUAAAGCAUAUUUUACACGAGCUAUUGAUCCUGAAUGAAAACAUUCCAGAAACAUGCUUUUUUUUGGUGCAGUAGAUGAGGCUCGACGUGCUCAGCUCAGUCCCAAGCGUUGCAGGUUCACGGUUCCCUUCCUCAACGGGCAGGAUGGAAAAAUACUAUGAAUAAAACUAGUUUUCAAACGAC